CUCCGUGUGAGUAUCUUGGGCUUUGGACUUCGAGGUAUAAGACCCGCCUCUCUCGCUCCAGUCCAAUUCCUUCAUCAUCCACCUGCUCACUACCAGCUCCUCUCACCACAAGCAAAGCACAUUCAAUCUUAAUUCCAAAUUCCUCAAAAUGAAGUUCCUCGUCGCACUCCUUUCGCUCUCUGCCAUCGCCGCAGUUGAAGGCAAAGACUUUGUCUACAAGCGCCUGAACAAGAACGACACGAUGCUCCUAGUGGUCGACAUCCAAGUGGGACUAUUCCAGAUGGCGCGCGACACCUCCCCCGAGGAGUACCGCAACCACGCGCUCGCACACUCCGCGAUCGGGCCGCUGUUCGACAUCCCGACGAUCCUGACCACCAGCGCCCAAGACGGCCCCAACGGCCCGCUGCCCAAGGAGAUCAUCGCGAUGCACCCGAACGCGCCGCUCGUGAUGCGCCACGGCGAGGUCAACGCCUGGGACAACGCCGAGUUCCGCGCCGCCGUCAAGGCCACGGGCAAGAGCCAAGUGAUCCUCGCCGGCAUCACCACCGACGUCUGCACUACGUUCCUCGCCCUGUCCCUCCGCGAGGCCGGCUACGAGGUCUGGGCCAACACCGACGCCUCGGGCACGUUCAACAAGCGCAUCGCGGACGAGGCGAAUGCGCGCAUGCGCGACGCCGGCGUCACCACCACGGGCAUGUUCGCUAUCGCGCUCGAGCUGAUGCGUGACUGGAGGAGCACCCCUGGCGCGGCCACCGUCCUGCCCUUCUUCGACCAGUACCUUCCUGCCUACGGCUAUCUCGCCCGCGGGCACGGUUACGCCACUCAGAACGGGACCUUGAUCCCCGGAGAGGCCGAGCUGCUUUAGAUGCGCAAUGGGGAUGCUGCUAGAAUAAUGGGGUGAGGUGGUAGUUAGUGUAGUUGCUGUAUAAAAUUACUGGGUGGCUGAUGUGUGGUGGAGCUGAUAGACUGCGAGGAUGGAGAAUAGAAUUGGGGUUGUAGAAUUCUUGGCACACGAGACUUUUUUUAUUGACUCUUGACUUAAUCAAGUGAUGGGAUGUCCGCACUGUAGGCAGUACCGG